AUGAGAGCAAGUUCUGUGAAGGUGGGGCAGGCCAGAGCACUUUAUAAUUUUGGAAAUGUGUUCCACGCCAAGGGAAAGAGUGUCUGCUGGAGCGGAGCAGAACCUGGAGACUUACCUGAGGAGGUCACGACAGCACUUCAAAAAGCCUCUGAAUACUACGAGGCGGACCUGCGUAUUGUGAAGGAGCUUGGAGACCGAGCAGCACAGGGGAGAACUUACGGAAACCUGGGGAACACAUACUACCUGCUAGGAAACUUCAGGGAUGCAGUGGCCUCUCAUGAACAGCGUCUACUUAUCGCUAAAGAGUUUGGUGACCGGUCUGCAGAGAGGAGAGCUUACUGCAACCUUGGAAAUGCUUGCAUAUUCCUUGGGGAGUUUGAGAGGGCUGCAGAACAUUACAGGAAGGCUCUGCAGUUGGCUCGGCAGCUGAAGGAUCUGGCGGUGGAGGCUCAGGCCUGCUACAGUCUGGGUAACACAUACACACUGCUGCAGGACUAUGAGAGAGCUAUCGACUACCAUCUCAAACAUCUCAUUAUCGCUCAGGACCUCAACGACAGGAUCGGUGAAGGAAGGGCCUGCUGGAGUUUGGGAAACGCACAUACAGCACUAGGGAACCAUGACCAGGCCAUGCACUUUGCAGAGAAGCACUUAGUUAUCUCAAAAGAGACUGGAGAUCGUAGCGGUGAGCUCACUGCUCGCAUGAACGUCUCUGAUCUUCAGAUGGUCCUUGGCCUCAGUUACAGCACAAACAAUUCAGUCCUGUCGGAGAACAAAGAGAUCGACUACAACCUGCACGGAGCCAGACCCAGGAUGAGCCGACGGCACAGUAUGGAGAACCUAGAGCUGCUGAAACUCACACCUGACAAGAUCAACAUGAAUGGUCAGAAGUGGACAAGUGACAUCCUCUUCAAGCAGUCCAAAUCCACAAUGGCCAAGUCGUCCUCAAAGCUCUCUUUUGUUAAUCGUUUCCGAGGAAAAAAGCACAAGCUGCAGAGCAGCUCCAGUAAAAUCCUGCAGGAUACCAGCAACACACGGGAAGCUCCGCAGAACAAAACUGGAAGUACAGACAUGUUAGGAGAUGAGGGUUUCUUUGACUUACUGAGUCGUUUCCAGAGCAACAGGAUGGAUGACCAGCGGUGUGCCGUACAGGAUGGGAGGAGCCAUCUGUCUGUCAAUUCUAGCUCCUCCCCACCCACCACCCCUCCCGCAACCAUCAGGAAAUCAGUCUCAGAGUCGGCUGCAACUCCAGGUCAGGAGCCGUUUCUCAGACUGUUGGCGAGUGCUCAGGGCAGGAGGCUGGACGAGCAGAGGGCAGGAACAGGAACCAGUUUGCCCGGCCUGCACACCCUAUCCGAACACAGCAGCACUAGCAGCAGACGGAUGAUCCUCAGCCAGGUCAUGGCCAGCACAGACGCCACCGAACCCGACGACCAGUUCUUUGACAUGCUCGUCAAGUGUCAGGGGUCCCGUCUGGAUGAUCAGCGGUGUGCCGCUCCUCUGCCCUCCGCCCGUGGCCCCACCGUCCCAGAUGAAGACUUCUUCAGCCUCAUCAUGCGCUCACAGGCCAAGAGGAUGGACGAGCAGAGAGUCACACUGCCCUCCUGCCGUUGAUCAAACAUGCAGUCCCUCUUCUGAACUUCUUAUGCAGAAAUGAGCUCAUUUUCAUGCACAUGAGAGCUACAAACCACACGCUGGUCAAACACAAUGAUGGUCAGGUAACAUCCCAUCAGUCUGAACUGUGUCCUAUCUGCUAAAUGAUUAUGAAUGGCAUUUCUAUUACAGCUAUACUGAGCAAAAAAGUACUUUUGUUGUAAAUAACACAUUUUAAUUUUUUUACUGGAUUUAAGCUUUGUACAUUUUAAUUUGUUUUAGUUUAGGAUGUAUUGUUUUGAUUAUGAUCACCAUAGUGAAUCACACAAAUGUAUCUUUUGAUACAAGACUGCAGGUUUGUUUGUAUUUAUUGAAUUAACAUUGUUUCUACUAUAGUGACCGUCCAGUUAGUAUGAGAUGUGUAAUUAUGACACAAAUAUUACUGUAUUAUUUUUGUAGUUACAUUUUAGAUUUUUAAAGAAGUGGUUAAACAAAAAAUGUACCUAAAAUGUCAAAGGAUGAUUUGGUAAGAUUAAUUUACUACACAACUAUAUAGAAAUAAAACCUGUACAGAAUUUUA